UUUUUCGCACCGUGGUGGCAAGUAUGCCCAAGAUUCCAUCAUCACAAGCCGCUGCUUUUAACAAAGGAAGCCUGCGCAAUCGACUCAGAAGAGUUGUGGCUUGGGCUUGCUGGUUUGGCAUUGUCUCCAUCUUUUCAUUGCCAUCCAUUCUCUAUGCUUUCUCCCAGUCUUUGCCUGCACACGACUCACUUCCGGUGAGUGAUCUUGUCUUGCAAUGGUUCAACAGUCUUGCCCCUUACCUGAAUGUGCUCAUUGACAUGGUGCUCUCAGCUCCAGUCUCGGCCAAGUAUGCAGCAAUCACAGGAAUCAAAGCAGAUCGUCUACUUAUGACUUUUCGUCUCUUUUCAGCUUGGCUCUUAGCGUUGCUUACCACAGUUGUAUUGGAUGAGAACUGCUUAUCAGGUGUAGCCGAGCCAUCGUAGGGAACUUGACGCCCUUCCUUCUCAAAAAGCUCAUGGUUCGAGCGACAGUCCAACCUUUGAUGCUAUUGAUCCUGUGGCACUGCUCAAAGCUGGAGAUGGCCAGAGACGACUUGCAGGGAAGACAUUUGAAGCUUUUCGGUCGGUGGCCAAAGAUGACCGGCUCGCUGGUACCUUUGCAGCAACUGUCGCUGCUCACUACUCAAGUGGAGAUGUUGAUUUUUUGGACUCCAUUUGUUCCCCUACUGGGCUUCGCGAUCCUUGCAGUGGCUCUGGCAAAUCUCUUCAUGUUCGAUGCUGGCCUGUGGAACUUCCGAGUUAUUUUACCGACGGAUGAGAUGAACAGAGGAGCUGCCAUAUCGACGUCAUAUCUGCAAUUUGCUCUUUGGUCCGGCUCCUUCUUUCAGAUAUGGUACGCCUUCGGCACCAAGUUGUUCGGUCGAUAUGCGCUGCUGGCAGUUCACAUCACCAUCAUGGGGCCAUGGGCAAAGCACUUUCUGCCGGUGGACCUGGCCAGACGUCACAUUUGGACGGAGCAUCAAACUGCCAGUGAUGUUCAGGUGAUCGAGAUGGCCAUUCAGUUGGACCAGGAACCAAAUGCAUCAUGAUGCCAAUUUCGG